AUGUCUCUCAAGCAUCUCAAGGCAUUCGAGGACGACCUCAUGACUACCCAUGGCGAAGAGCAAGUUGGCACCUACGACAAGCACAUCGUUGCGAGAGCCCGGAAGAUCCACCAAAGCCUUCUCACAACGCCCUUUACCGCCUUACUGUCAGUCGUCCAGAUUUUCCCGCUGCUACUGUCGUCCCCAUUCAAGGGCGUAAGAAGCCGCCAGCAGUUCCCCGACAUCAUCCUCACCAACGGCCCAGCUACGGGCUUUAUCGUCGGAUUGGUUGCCUAUCUUCUCAAGUUGUUUUGCAUUGUCCCCGAAGACACAAUGCAAGUUCUCUAUAUUGAGUCCUGGGCCCGAAUUCGCACACUUAGUCUAACCGGAAAGCUGUUCCACCGUACCGGGAUCGCUGACCUGCUGUUAGUUCAACAUGAGAAGGUGGCUAAGGCAUACGGUGUUACGAACGCAGGCUGCAUGGUUGUGAAAAGGACGAGCGACAUGCAAACUUGA